GACGUAUGGUGCUUGCGUGUCAUGUGACCGCAGUCGGUGGAAGCAGCAUGGCGUGCGUGAGCGCGGAGCUCCUCCAAAAACUCUACUUUAUUUGCACUUAGUUCAUCUUUAUAUUCAAUCCAUCAAAGGCGACGUGCACGUAUUGAAAGCUGGAAUAACACUCGCAGCAUGGAUGAAGGGAAUAAACUCCAGUUCCCGUCCCUGCCCGCCGCCAAAGAAGAGCAGCUGGAUUGGGCGUAUCCAAUGAGAAGAGAGAUGCAGGAAAUCCUCCCAGGCUUGUUUCUUGGGCCCUAUUCAGCUGCUAUGAAGAGUAAGCUCUCAAUGCUGGAGAAGCAGGGCAUUACUCACGUCGUGUGUGUCAGACAAGACAUUGAGGCCAACUUUAUAAAGCCAAACUUUCCCCAUAAAUUUAGGUACCUUGUUUUAGAUAUAGCAGAUAACCCUGUGGAAAAUAUAAUUCGAUAUUUCCCAAUGACUAAAGAAUUUAUUGAUGGAUGUUUAGAGACGGGGGGAAAGGUACUUGUUCAUGGAAAUGCAGGGAUAUCAAGAAGCGCUGCCUUAGUUAUUGCCUACCUUAUGGAGACAUUUGGUGUAAAAUACAGGGAUGCCUUUAGUCAUGUACAGGAGAGACGGUUUUGUAUUAAUCCCAAUGUUGGCUUUGUUCAUCAGCUACAGGAAUAUGAAGCAAUAUAUCUUGCGAAGCUAACCAUCAAGAUGAUGUCACCCAUUCAGUUGGGCAGGUCUUUCUCCAUCCAAGCUGGGAUGCCAGGAAGCCUAAAGCGAACACUAGAAGAGGAUGAAGAUUUUGGGAGUAUGCAAGUUACAGCAGCACAAAAUGGAUAGGCUUUACUUAAAAAAGUGCUUUACCACAGUGGACUUUUCUUUUUACAUUUUUAUUGGGAUUAAAAAUGUAAAUAUUUGUACAGAGGUUGGGAGGGAGAGACUGCUCCUCGUGACCCUUGGAGCUGGGGAUGGUUUGAUAUUUUUUUCUUUUUCCUUUUUGAGCUGUAUGCACUGAAAUUUUUUGCAGUUUUAUAGUAUUUAAAGCAUUUUGCAUUUGCAGCGGGACAGUAUUGCAAUAAUGCACUUUUGAUACUUGAAUUACUGUUAUGUUUAUGGACAGAUUUGGGUUGGGGUGAGGGGGUAUCAAAGGAAUGCGACUCACUGCCAUAGAAAUGAAAUGGUAGGAUGAAUCAGUCGUUAUGUAAGGAAUAAGGAAGGACGUUUUGCCAUAGAAUUAACAUCCCACUGCUCAAUAAAAGAUGGCUACUUACA